GUGACAUGGAGUAAGUUCCUGCUGUGGCUUGAGGGAAAGAGAUCGACAUUCAGCCACGGGAGAAUCGCACUUUGCGGCCUGUGGAAGCUCUCUCCCUGAGCAAUGGCCUCACCAGUCUCAGUCUAUAACUCCAACGCCUUGGACACACACAUCUCCAGUACCUCCAGAGAGUCUCUGAAGAUGGAGUUGUUAGCUGAUGUGUCUCUUCUACCAGGGGAGGACAGAAUUAUAGAUAAAGACAUCAUCUACAUCUGUCCGUUCAGUGGAGCUGUGAAAGGCAAAGUGUUGAUCACCAACUACAGACUCUACUUCAAGAGCUCAGAUGCUGAUGUGGCAGUGAUGCUUGAUGUUCCUCUGGGCGCCAUCAGUCGGGUGGAGAAGAUGGGUGGGGCAUCAAGCAGAGGAGAAAACUCAUACGGCCUGGAUAUUACCUGCAAGGACAUGAGGAACUUGAGGUUUGCCUUGAAGCAGGAGGGUCACAGCAGAAGAGAUAUCUUUGAGCUCCUCUUCAGACAUGCCUUCCCCCUCUCACAUAGUCUGCCACUGUUUGCAUAUGUGACUCAGGAGAAGUAUGAGGAGAGCGGUUGGACUGUCUACAAACCAAUAGAGGAGUUCAGACGGCAGGGUUUACCUAAUAACAAAUGGCGUAUUACAUUCAUCAAUAAGAACUAUGAGUUGUGUGACACCUACCCAACUGUGUUGGCUGUACCCUUUAAAAGUAAAGAGGAGGACCUCAGAAGAGUGGCAGCCUUCAGGUCAAGAGGACGCAUACCUGUUCUAUCAUGGAUCCACAGGGAGAACCAGGCAGUGAUCGUGCGCUGCAGUCAGCCUCUGGUUGGUAUGUCUGGUAAAAGAAACAAGGACGACGAGCGCUACCUGGACCUGAUCAGAGAGGCAAACGACACCACCAAGCUCACCAUCUAUGAUGCUCGGCCCAACGUCAAUGCUGUGGCCAACAAGGCCACUGGAGGAGGCUAUGAGGGUGAUGAGUACCAAAAUGCAGAGCUCAUCUUCCUGGAUAUUCAGAAUAUCCACGUCAUGAGGGAAUCCCUGAAGAAACUCAAAGACAUCGUCUACCCCAAUGUGGAGGAGUCUCAUUGGCUGUCCAGUCUAGAGUCUACACAUUGGCUAGAACAUGUUAAGCUGGUGUUGUCAGGAGCCAUCCAAGUGGCAGACAAGGUUUCCAGUGGAAAUUCAGUGGUGGUUCACUGCAGCGAUGGCUGGGACAGGACUGCUCAGCUCACCUCUCUGGCCAUGCUGAUGCUGGACAGUCACUACCGAACUCUCAGAGGAUUCCAGGUGCUGAUUGAGAAGGAAUGGAUCAGCUUUGGGCACAAGUUUGCCUCAAGGAUAGGUCAUGGUGACAAGAACCAUGCAGAUCAGGACAGAUCACCCAUCUUUGUUCAGUUCAUCGACUGUGUGUGGCAGAUGACCAAACAGUUCCCUACAGCCUUUGAGUUUAAUGAGCGCCUCCUGCUGACAAUCCUGGAUCAUCUUUACAGCUGUCGCUUUGGGACUUUCCUGUACAACUGUGAAAGUGCACGAGAUCAGCAUGAGGUGAGGUCGAAAACGGUGUCUCUGUGGUCUCUGGUCAACAGUAAGAUGGACAUUUAUUUAAAUCCAUUCUACACCCCGGAGUCUGGUAGGGUCCUCUACCCCGUUGCCAGCAUGCGCCACCUAGAGCUGUGGGUAACAUACUACAUCCGCUGGAACCCACGCAUACGACAACAGCAGCAGAGUCCAGUGGAGCAGCGCUACAAGGAGCUGUUGGCCCUGAGAGAUGAGUACUUGAAGAAGCUGGAGGAGCUCCAGCGGUCUGACUCCUCCCCUUCCUCCCGUCUGGCCAACAGCCCCACCCCCAACACCUCCUCCUCCACCUCCUCCACACCAUCACAGCAAUACACACACCUACAAACGCCCCUCUGAGGGCUGGUGACACACACGCACACUCAGAUAUACUUGUUGACUUGCACUUAUGUUGUCUUCACUCUGAUUUCUGUCAGUCUCACACAUGCAGGGAAUUAAUUAGUAUUGUGCAGUCCUAACUGUGGAUAACAAAGGAUGCUUAUAAGAUUUAGAAUUGAUGGUUAAUUCUAACACCAUAGUGGUGGUGAUGGUGAUUUAUGCAAUAUGUCACAGUACAGCCUUGUCACAAGACUUUUUCUACACAGACACUCAUCAUACAGUGAAGCCUUAAAGAUAUUCAGUGGCUUUCAGUCCAAGGACUUGAACACACAGGACAGGCAGUGGUAUGUGUAUGGGUGUCAAGGCAGCAGAGCAGGGAUAUAUAGAUUCUUUGUACUCCUUUCUCUGAUUCGACAGAUACCCACCAGGCAGACAUGCUGCUGGUGGUCAACCAUUUAGACUUGGUCAGACUCAACAAAAAUGCACCCAAACUCAGCACUGAAAUCGUAUGUGAUGUUACAUGUCCCUCAUGGGUAGUCCGGAUAUACUGCAUAGAGCAGUCAUGGGCUAUAUUGUUAAAAGUGGAGUGAUGAGAAACCACUGGAAUCAAUGACUUCUCCAUUUUCACAUACAAGACUCAUAAAGUCAGUUGACACUUUAUUAACAGUUGAUUAUAUUUUUUUACUUUUGGCUGAGUUAAACUAGCGUUUUCCCCCUGCCGCCAGUCUUUUUGCUAAGCUAGGCUGUCUAUGCACAUGAAACUGAUGUUUGAAAGAGGAUCCCUUUAAUAUAUUUUUCAAGGUUAAAGAAAUGUUUGAGAUUUUGAAUAUUGGGACUGUCCCUACUAUAUAAGUACAGUCCAUUUACAGUUAAGCCAAUUCCAUUCACUGAUGAAAGACCAUGCGAUGCCAUUAAAUACUGUCAGACUAUGAGAAAAAUGUAUCGAGAAACCCCAUAGGCUUGCCCAAAGAUUGCCAGUCAAGACAUUGGCACGAAAUGAACAAUAGAAACAAUACAUUUCCUUGGAAACACAUUUCACAGUUAGAUGUCAGAGCACUGCUAGGUGAUACUUCGACCUGUCUUUGUCAGCCCAGCUUCUGCCUGCGUCCUGCGCACACAACCAUUGGUGUCCUGUGUGUGAUCAAGAUGUACAAUUCUCACUUUUCAGACUUCUUCCUACUUGCUGCACUGCCACCGAGUGCUGCCCUGUCCUUUGAAGAAUUGCUUACAAUUGCUGCAGAGCUCAUGCAGCAGAGUUGGAGGCUGAGAGCUCGUACAGUGGAUUUCACCGUACAUCUCCAGCCAAUUGUAUAUAUCAAGUGUGUAGUAUUUGGAUGGAUUGAUGUGGGAUUUGUUGCUUAUUUACCUUAUUUACCUGUCACAUAAGUUUUGCCACUGCUAUCAGUGAAGCUAACCUAAGCAGUAUUUUCCAACUCUUCCAAAGCUACGGCACUGAGAGCAAAUACAGUUCAAGCCAAGAAGCAGAGUUUGGUCAGAAUGAAUCAGUAAUUUAGUUUAAUGAAUGCAGCUUUGCAGUUUGAAAUACAUUUCAGGUGCUCAAGACAGUAUAGGGAAAUGAAGUGGUGCUGGCCUCUGAUCCUGGAUCACCUCUUGCUCUCAGUAAACACAGACCCUGGAGGGACAAAUCAGCCAGGCCCAUGAUAGCCUUACCAUGCCAAGGUGUUUGUAACCAACCAGCACACGGACAGUGAGCAGAAGUAAACCAGACUGUUUCUAUCCACCCUCACUGAAAGUCCCAUGUGAAAACUUACAUGUGAUCUCAAAGCACAUGUGCCUUUUGGACAGGUGAUGGCUUUGUACCGCAGCAGCUUUUACCAACAUUUCAAUUAGAUAUAAUACGGAGCUGUUUUUACAUCAGAAAGGAAAGUUUUAGUCAGUGAAUAAUAAGGUGCUUCUAUAUUCCAUUUCCAUUUGCUCGUUAUGUGAUAGGUUGUGAUGAUUGGGUGGACUUGUUUACAACAACUUGGUUUCUACCCUCAUCUUUCUACCCUAUUGGACUCCAGAUGAAAAGCAAAUGUCAUUUUCACAUUGGUGACAUGUUAGGAAUAACAAAAUAAAAUAUAUUCAUAUGUCAAAAUUAUACUGUAAAUUCAAAUUACGACAUAGUAAGUCAGAGUUAUGAGAUGUGCUUAGUAAGUGCAUUUUUGGCUUAUCUCAUAAUUUUUAUUCACUGUCUCAUAAGUAUAAACUUGUAUUUCUAAUUCUGACUUUAAAAGUCCACAUUUUGAAUUUAAGUUGGAAAAAAACAACUUAAAUUCAGAAUGGUGACUUAUCUCAUAAUGACCUAAUAUUUCAUCAUUUUGAUUUACCAUGAGUACUUUUAUUAGCUACUUCAGAAUUUUGACAAAUAUCCUGUUAUGAGGAUUUUGCUGCUAAAACUCAAAAGGCUCCCAAUUUGAUUAGUUUGAAAACAGUUCACACAGACUCAGACAAAAAAUAAUGGCCAGCAUGCUGCUAGAAUGUCUUAUGACAAAUGUUUGUACUGUAUCAUUUAGUCUUUCUGAUGAUGACUUGCUUAUGAUUAUUACAAUCACUCUUGAAUUGAACUUCUUUGCCACCAUAUUUGUUCAGUCUAAUGAGUAAUGUCUGGUAGUCUUCAGUCUCUGACACUUAAUUCCCACUUGGGCCACAAAAUAAAUAGCUGGGGCUUGAUUACUGGAGUACUGUAAAUUCAGGAUUUGAGUGUGACAUUUGCACCGCAUCAACCAGCACAUCAUAACCUGUCCAAGAGAAAAUACCCUGUCAAAUGCUGAUUGGUGUGUGCCAGCUGUGGGAUCCAUCAAACCAAUGGAUAGCUUUUAAAAGGAGCUCCAGAUGUGGUCCUGGCAGCAGUUUAGCUUUAACACUGCUGCAGUGCUGCACUGUGGCUCCAUAUCCACGGAAACUGCUGAGAAUAUGUUGUUCAGAGUAAUACAGGGUAGAUAACGACUGGAAGUGGACAUGGACCACCACUGUAGGUCAGAUCUACCUGGCGCAAUAUUUCUAACAUUUUCUUAAAACCUUCACAAAUGAAUAUUUUUUGUAGUUCCUUUGUUCUUUCCAACUGGAGCGGCUCUACUGCCAGUGUAAUUGAUAAAUACCAAAAAAGUCAAAAUUAGCAUUCCCUUAAGUUCAUUUUAUCUUUACAUUGGACUUUUCUCCUACAACAGACAUAGAAAGUAUGUGAUUCUAGGCAGACCACUUUAAAGACAGAGCUGGAACAUUUGAGGAGCUGCUGGUUCCAGAAGGAUUUUCCCACUGUAUAUGCGCAGUUGCAAUGACCUGACCUCCUUCACAAACCCCAGCAGUCUUUCCUAUUGAAGACAGAGAAGUUCCCUUACCUUAGUGAAUUUAUAGAUCCAGGAAAAAGUUCUCAAGCUCAUUGCAAUGACGAACCUCAGUGUUCUGCGACAUGUACCCCAUAUGCCUACACGACCCUUGUAUUGACCUGGGUUGAACUUGUACGUCUAAAAGGCAAAGUCUCUCAUUUCAUGCUGCAGCUAUCAGCGCAGGCAAUGUUUUUUACCAAAUACCUUGAUGGUGUACACAGGACGCAGAAUGGGACUUUACUUCUGGAACCCUUGAAUCCUAAACUAUCUCCUCCCAUUUCCUAAAUAAGCAGCUUUCCUCUUGAAAGAGAAAUCUGAGCCAGGAAGGCUCAGAAAAGCCAGCUCAGACUCCCUCAUAGUACAAUAUAUUUUCAACUCAUUGGGUUUGCAUCAAAUUGGAAGCGAGGAUUCAUUGUGAUGAUGCUAUGUAUGUACAGUGUGACAGUUGCAAUUACGAAUGAGGUGCAAUAAGUCAUUUUGCGAAGUGUCAGGUCAUGUCCAGAUUUGUGCCUUGAUUCUUGUGAGAAUCACCUUCACUUCUUCAAAGAGACGUUGUCCAGCUGUCCAGGGUCAUGUUUGAGAUUGACUGCUCUCUAGUUCAGGUUUCCUCUGGUUUGGGAGGAUGCCAGGCGGCUGUUUAAGGAAUGAGUUAUAGAUCACAUAGUAGCCAGAAAAACUACACAUGUUCUGGUCUAACUUUGAGGCUCUGCUGGCCCUAGUCAAAACCAGUUUAUUUGGGACAGUAGGUCCAAGGUGUUUUUAGCCUAGCUUAGUGCAAAGCCUCUGUCCAAACUGAAGUAUGUCUGACAGCAUGUCUGACCAUUUCUGUAACUUCCUGAAACUGGCAAACCGACACUCACAGCCACUUCACGCUGUGAUUGGCUAGCAGAGAGGUGAGAAAGGAGCCAGGGUUUGAACCUCUCUCUCUAGCUCUCUUUUCAUUCUUGACACAGCUAUUUCUGUCCUGUCCUGUGCAACACUAUGACUUACCAGCCUUUCACUCUGCCUUCCAGCGUUGGACAUUCAGAACUACUUUAUACUUUUGAUUUCCGACAAGGGCGAACACGUCAUGCAAACUUUUGGAGCAUAAUCUUACCAUUGAUCCUUCCAAACCUUCCAUACAAAUGUGAUUCCAAGGAUUGGCCAGCAGAUGUCACUGAAGCUUUGUUUGAGCAAAAAACAAAGAAAGUCAACUGAACCACAGCAAACAGUCAAAAUAAAGUCAUGGGCUGCCUGCAAGUGUGUCAAACUCAAACAUGACUCAUAUGUAUAUCUGGAUGGGUCAGAGUGGGCAAUUUAGAGAGUUCAUCCCGAUUCCUAUGUUCACUCAGAGGUGUGUUUAUAGGUUCUACCAAGUGGAUACUCUUGACAAAUGUUUAACAGCCUCGAUUAAAGGGUUGAUCUCAUUGAGGAGAUUUGAUAGUAAGAAAAAAGUUUGCAGUGUGGUGGCUGUGUUUUUAGGGAAUAACAGAUGAAAAUCUAUUUUUUUUUUAUUUUUACUUUGUACAAGCACCAUGAUGUAAUUACCUCAAUCAAAACAUAUUUUACUGACUAAAGUUCUAUUGUUGUAAAAUACAAUUAUUUUAUGUAGUGUAAAAUCUUACAGUUUUAUAAAAAGGAAAGUAAUGUUGGUUCAGAAAUUGUUGGUAUAAAUUGUGGAUUUCUGCUUCAUUGGUAAAUUGUUUUUUUGUUUUUGUUUUUUUGAGGGCAUUUUUUUGGGUUUGUACUCGCUUACCCAGGAUGAAAAGACAGAAGCUUCUAGAUUCUGUUCACUUGUCACAAACCUUGACUGCCUUCUCAGUUCUCUGAUGGAUCUUUAGCUUGUAGAUGUUGGCUCUGUGGUGAUGAAUCUGAGAAGUGCUCAUUGUUUAUUUCAGUUUGACUCUUUCAAUAAUGUAUAGGGGAUUGUAGUUUGAGGGUUUUGUGUCAUAAUAUAACCUGCUUUUUAAUAAAUACACAUAAAAUGUGUUUCAGGAACUUUGUGGCAUCAACAAGGGAAGGUGAUCAGAAUACAUUUCAAAUAUAUUUCUUUUAAUCAUGUUAUAUCCUCUCCACAGUUUGUUGGAUGGCUCCUGUUAUGUAAAUAUUACUGAUUAAAUUAAUUUAAGGAUUUCUGACUGAAUUAUUUGAGAUUUUGUAUUCAUCUUGCUUUUCCAGGUGGUCGUUUCUUAUUACGUCAGCACAUUAUACCAUGUCUAAACAUGCAUGUAUGUAUUUUUUGUGGGAAAAGUAAAUGAGAUUAGCAUACACAAAAUAUUGUUUACAAUGAAAACCCUGCAGGGAACCUUUAAGCUUUGUCAGUGAUCACAUAUUCAUGGCUAACCCUGAUCUAUACUCCUG